AUGUCGCAAGUCGUGUUGCUUGCGCGUACCGUGCUGUGCGGUGGUCAGCAGGCGGCGGGCGUUAACGCAAUUAGGAGCGUCUUGUUGCGAACCUUCACCAGCAGCCGAAGUGCUUUGCAAGCCGAGCCACUUCCAGUUACGCCUGAGCCUGCACCAAGUGUGCCACGAUGGAUUCGGGAGCUGGGCGUCGUGCGCACAGACUGGACGCGUGAGGAAGUAUCUGAGGUUUAUGACACUCCACUGUUGGAGCUCGUCUAUCGCGCUGCAAGCGUGCACCGCAUGUACAACGACCCGUCCAUGGUCCAGCGAUGCACGCUGCUGAGCAUCAAAACGGGCGGCUGCCCCGAGAACUGCAACUAUUGCAGUCAGAGCAGCCACUGGAGCAAAGACACGGGGAUGAAGGCGGAGAAGCUGAUGGACCUGGAGGACGUCUACCAGGCGGCACUCCGAGCUCGUGACUCCGGUAGCACUCGGUUCUGUAUGGGGGCGGCUUGGAGGGGGCCCUCGCAGGUGGGUCAAAGACAGUGGGAGCGGGUGCUGGAGAUGAUCCGCAGAAUCCGGGGACUGGGCAUGGAGGUCUGCACCACGUUGGGUAUGUUGAAUCCGGAGCAAGCCGCCCAGCUGCGGCAGGCUGGGCUCACUGCCUACAACCACAACCUGGACACUUCCCCCGAGUACUACGAGAAAAUCACCUCGACGCGCAAGUACGAGGACCGUCUUGCCACUCUGGAGGCCGUGCGCGAGGCGGGUAUCUCAGUUUGCGCCGGCGGCAUCAUUGGUUUGGGUGAGGGACCCCAGGACCGUGUGGGACUCCUCCACCAGCUCGCUACGCUGCCCGCGCACCCGGAGUCAGUACCCAUCAACCGGCUCGUGGCUAUCAAGGGCACUCCGCUGCAGGACCAAGCACCACCCGAGGGGCUGGACCUGGUGCGCUGCGUCGCCACUGCUCGCGUCGUAAUGCCUCGUACUGUCGUACGCCUCUCUGCCGGCCGCCUCGACCUGACGCGAUCCGAUCAGGCGCUCGCGUUUUUGGCAGGCGCCAACUCCAUCUUCGACGGUGACAAACUGCUAACCACCCCAAACAACGACCGCGACGAAGACCAAGCCAUGUUUGACCAACUGGGACUCAAAUCUCGACCUGCAUUCCUGCCGUACGCGCGAAGGGUUUCUGCAAGGAUGUGUGAAAGGUAG